AUGCUUUGGACCCCUCGAGCCCUUGGCCGGCUGGCGGCGGCGGCCCUGCUACUGACCAGCGGCUCGGCCUAUGACCUAAAUCCCAACUCGACUGAUUCCAUAAAAUCCAUUGCCAAGAACAUGGCCGAAGACCUGCUCACCUUUUAUGAUGGCGACAAGCCGGGCGGCACGCCGGGCCUCUUGCCUCAGCCUUACUACUGGUGGGAGGCCGGCGCCAUGCUGGGCGCUCUCAUCGACUACUGGUAUUAUACCAACGACGACUCUUACAAUGAGCUCAUCACCGACGGCCUUCUAUUCCAGGUCGGAGAAAACGCCGACUACAUGCCCAGAAACCAGACCCUCACCGAAGGCAACGAUGACCAGGGCUUCUGGGGCCUCGCCGUCAUGUCCGCCGCCGAGAACAAGUUCCCCGACCCGCCCGCCGACAAGCCGCAAUGGCUCGGUUUGGCCCAGGCUGUCUUCAACACCCAGGCCGCGCGAUGGGACGAGGCCGACUGCGGCGGCGGCCUGCGGUGGCAAAUCUUCCACUGGAACAAGGGCUUCGACUACAAAAACUCAAUCUCCCAGGCCUGCUUCUUCGCCCUGGGUGCCCGGCUCGCCCUCUACACGGGCAACCACUCAUACGCCGAAUGGGCCGACAGGACGUGGGACUGGAUGGUCAACGUCAAGUUCAUCGACGAGUACUGGCGCGUCUUUGACGGAGCGCACAUUGGAAAUAACUGCACCAGAAUCGUCCCCUUCCAAUUCUCCUACAACGCCGGCGGCUUCCUGCUCGGCGCCGCGGCCAUGUACAAUUUUACCGAAGACGUCAAGUGGAAGAACCGCCUUGACAAGCUGCUGGGAGGCAGCAAGGUCUUCUUCACCGGCCCCGAAAAGAACAUAAUGACCGAAGUCGCCUGCGAGCCCGUCGACCGCUGCAACCUGGAUCAACAGUCCUUCAAGGCGUACCUCAGCCGCUGGCUCGCCGCCGUCACCCAGUGGGCACCACAUACCUACGACGUCAUCAUGCCCUACCUCCGCGCCUCGGCCGUGGCCGCCGCCAAGCAGUGCGUCGGAGGCCCCAACGGCCGCAUGUGCGGCCUCAAGUGGAACCAGGACAAAUACGACGGCUCGACGGGCGUCGGGCAGCAGAUGGCCGCCAUGGAGGUGGCGCUAUCCUGCAUGGUCAAGCAGCGGGCCCCCCCGCUGACAGGGAAAACGGGCGGCACGAGCAAGGGCAGCCCCGGCGCUGGCGGCGACGACAUCGGACGUCAACAUCCCCCGGGCCCCGUCUACAAGCCCCUCACCGCCGGCGACAGGGUCGGUGCCGUCAUCAUCACCAUUCUCGCCAUUGCCGGCGUGUUUGCGGGCAUGUUAUGGAUCUUCCUCGACGAGUCAUCCGACAAGGGACCUCUGGAUCAGUGCAAGGGCUUCUACGGCUGGGCGGCCGACUCUGCUGCCGCCCUGGCCACUGCUGGCGGAGCCGUCGCCGUCUUGCACCGGGGCAAGGGCGGCAGCCAGGUCUACAACGAGAAGAAUAAAGCCGUGGUGAGCUCCGUGAGCGAGCGAGGGCUUCGCUCGAACCCGGACUUUAACCAGGCAACCGAGGAGGCGCCAGUCAAGCUUGGCCACGUCCGCAACCGGACCAGUGGCCAGCACUCGAAUCGCCGCCUGUCGAGCAUGCCCAUCGGCUGGCCGCAUAACCCGUCGCUUCGUCCCGGUUCCGGCAUCGAGUCCAGCCGGAGUCAAGCGGUGGCUCCACGGGAUGGGGACGGAGCGAGGCUCUCGGGUAGCGAGGCGGUGCAAUCGACUGCUUCAGCAUCAUCGGUGUCGAUACGGGAGCAAUGA